AAAGUAAAAGAUUUAAGAAAAUAAAUAAACCUUAGAUGUCUGUUUUUGUAAAUGAACUCAUCUAUCACUAAAUGGAAGAUGGCACACAUGCAUCAUGGAAAAGAUUAGAAUAAAAAGAUUGCUUAAAAUCUCAUUGAUUUACACUACAACAUCAUAAACAACAACUAAACAACGCUGCUCCAUCUGCUUCGCUUAGCCUGCAACGCGGACUCGGCUCAGCGGCAGUCAGUGGAUGAAUGUAUGGAUCCUCCCUUUGACACCAGCAGCACAGUGCAGUGAUGCCGUUGAACCAAACGUCUCACAAUGACUCGGCGUGUGACAGCUUCAUUUAUGAUGCAAAAUUCGUCCCAGCUCUCUACUUUCUGAUGUUCCCCAUAGCUUUGCUGCUGAAUGGUGUGGCCGCCUGGGUGUCCCUGCACCUCAAGUCCACCUCCACCUUCAUGGUGUACCUGAAAAAUCUAGUGGCCGCCGACAUUAUCAUGACCUUGAACAUCCUGAUCAAGCCUGCAGGUGAUUUGCUGGGGGCGCCGCACAUGAUGUUCGCACUCUCGUGCUAUGUCAGUCCCAUCUUCUACAGCACGCUGUACACAUGUAUCACUUUGUUGGGUGUAAUAAGUCUGGACCGUUUCUUCAAGAUCGUGAGCCCCCGCAGCAAGUUGUGUGGUCAGAGCCUGACCUUUAGCAGAGUGAUAUCAGGCUCAAUCUGGGUGAUACUGUUCGGAAGCACAGCUUUGCCAAAUAUCAUUUUCAGUAACAAAUCAUUCGCCAGUAUGGCAGAGAUCACCAAAUGCAUGGACUUGAAAGGACCUGCCGGACUGGAGGUCCAUGAAAGUAUAGUGAUUUACAUGAAUGUUUUAUUCUGCCUCGUCAGCGUGGUCAUUGCGGUUUGCUAUAUUUGCAUCACAAACAAGGUCAUCCAGUCUUUUCGAAACUCCGGCAGCAAUAACAGCCAGGGAAAGCAGACGAUCAAGCUGCGCGUUUUUCUGGUUGUCAUUGUGUUUUUUGUGUCGUUUGGACCGUACCACAUUGUCAGGAUCCCGUACACCUUCCAGCAGGUCUACCAUUCUUCCCAAUCCAGCUGCGCUCGGGUCAAGGGCAGGUUCGCCAAGGAACUCAGCCUCUGGUUCGCCACCACAAACAUCUGCAUGAACCCGCUUCUCUACGUCUUCCUGUGUCGGGAGUUCAAGGAGAAACUGAUGUCAAUGAUGAAAAGCGUGUCCAUCUCACUCCAAGCAGCCUCAGCAGGGAAAGCAGAAGGCAAGUCACCAGAGUAGACUCUGACAUGGACUGAGCUCAGGUUUUAUAGAAGAUUUUAUAGACUAAAUGUCAGAUUCCUGUUUUACGCACUGUAUAUAUUUAGCUAUUUGUUGCAUAUUCUUUGUUGAAGUUGCAAGUUGAAGCUGUUUUGUGUCUUGUCAGAGUGUCGCUGUAAAUAGCUUGGAAACCAUUAACAGGAAAUACAAUAAGGAUGGAUGAGAUACACGGCAUGAGACAAGAGGGUGAUAUGCUGGAGGGCGUGGGGGGAUGUCAACAAAGGUUUUAUAGGAGGUCUGGAUGUCCAAAAUCAGAAGGCAAAUAGAGUUCUAGGAGAGAGACUAUAAAUGAAGCCUCCAUGCAAAGCAAGUUAAGUUGAAGCUAGUUCACAUUUGCAUCUCACUCUGAAGUUGUGUGUUCGUGGUAACAGUAAAGAUGACUUUAAAUGGGUGCCGCCGAUUUGUCUGAAAUGUGCCUAUCAGCCAAUGUCAUCAAUUUGCGGCGUGCUAAUCAGCACUUUGCAUGGGCGUUU